AUGAAGAAAAAUGGAUGGUGGGGAGUAUCCUUCGGAGUUCUUCUCUUUCUUAUCGGUGCAAGCUGGGAAAAUGUCAUAAACGAAUCGAAUAAACACAAAAAGGAGGAAACGAAUUCUUCUAUUAAUUUUUAUUGGGGUAGAAAAAAUGAGUCAGAAUACCCUGGAAGGAAGAAGAAAAAUUUGCAAAAACAUAGUUUGUCCCCAGGAGAGGAGGGAUAUAGUAAGGAUAGCACACCCAGCGGAAACAAUGGAAACGAAUCCGGGUUAUUUAAAAAGAAAGCACUUAUACAUUUAAGAGAUAGCAAAUUUAGAAGGAAGCCAUCGCGGUAUGCGUAUAUUAAAAGUAACAAUGAAAAUAAUUUGGAUAGACAUCCGAGUAGUAGUGAGAAGGAGGCAAAGAAUGAACCUAAUGGAAGUCCUAGUUCCUUUUUACAAAAUAUGAACGUUCCCAAUAUAGAAGAGAUUUUAGAUUACUUCGAAAUUGUAGGUGAAAAAGAAGGAGAGUUAAUCUUUUCAUUAGAACCAUACUAUGUGGACAUCUACACGUGCAAAGAAAUUGUGCGUUCUAUAAACCGUAAGACGUUAACCAAUUCUAGUGGUACCUAUGGGAAGGAGGAAGAAAAUGAAGAUAAUGACUAUAACUCUGGGCCAAUAAAAGAUUCCAGGAUAAGAAAUUUGUAUCAUUAUAUGAAACUCUCCGUGAUGCAUUGCAAUAAUGAAAAAAUUAAUCUAUUAAACAGAAUGAAUAUCUUAGAAGACCCAAAUAUAGAAGUUAACGAACGGGUCUCAAUAGGAGAGAAGUCCACUACAUACAAAUUACUCAUAAAUGAGUAUGUAAAUUGCUUAAAAGAGGAUAACGAAGAUGUUAAAGAGAAGAUAGAGGAUGCUAAGAAAAAGAUCACAAAAGAAUAUGAAAAAAAAUAUUGUCCUAAUAAUAAGUGCAAUUCGAACGUCUAUUUCGAAAGUGUACAUUUGUACCUAUCGUACGUGAAUAAUAAUGCCGACAUUUUGUACAAUUCUAAUAUUAACGAUGCGAAGGAAUUUUUAAAAUCUGGAACAAGUAUUGUUAAUAUUAUAGAGAAAGAAAUAGGAUCAAAUAAUGUCAUAAAUUCUAUAAAGUUCCUACAAAGUGAAAUUAGUAGCAUCAUAAAUAACUACAAUUAUCACAUAAAGAAUAUAAAAAAUGCUAUCUAUAAUAUAAGGGAGCAUAAAAAAAAUGAUAACUCUAGUGACUUUGAUAAAAAAACUUUGGUAGACAAAAGUUUUGACUUGGUAAAAAACAUGUCCGUGUACAAAUAUAACAAUGAGAUGUUCAACAGGAUGAAAGCAUUGUACGAUUUAAAAAGUGCUAAAUGUAAAGAACUAUUUACUUUUUUAGCAGAGGAGUUAAAGCAUAAGCUUAACUCCUUUUCUGAGACGGUGACAUUUCAGGUGAAGUACAAUUCGAUAAUUAACGACUGGAAAUUUAUCUUGGACUAUGCGAAAGAUAUAUACAAUAAAAAUUUGACCAAGAUAAAAAAUUACGAAGGGAAUGAAGGUUUAGAAGUUAUCCUAGUCAGAAAUAAGAUUAAGGAAAAGCUAGCAACGCUCGAAGGUCUGGUAGACAAGCUAGAUAACCUAUUUAAUAUCAUAAAAUCGAAGUAUGCAAUUGUCAUGUCAGCGAAAUCACUGAUUGGGGAACUGAUGAGUGAGUUCAAAACGGGAGAAAAGGGAGAUUACAAAUUCGAUGAUCUCAUAGGAUUAAUGGAAACAAUAAGUAGCAAAAUUAACACGGUGAAUGAAAGUGUCGAUAGUAUACAUAAGACAUACUCCAACAUUCAGUACGUAGAAAUACAAGUCGAAAACUUAAGCACUUCUCUCGAUGGGUACAUGAACGAAAUAGAUGAUUUAAAGGCUAAGGGAUCAACUAACGAUUAUAUUAGAGAAGAAAUGGAGUCGAAAAUGUUGUUUAUAACGGAAAAUAUUAACAAUUUAAAAAAAAUGCUUUCCCUGGAAGAAAAAGCAAACGAAUAUAUUGCGCAAAUUGAUGAAUUAAUUGUGGGAACAUCAUUAGAUAUGAACGAAAUUAUAAAUAAAAAAAGUGACGCUUAUAAUAAAAUAAAAGUGAUUAUUAAAGAGAUAUAUGAAGGCAAUUUGAAGAAUUUUCUCGAUGAAAUGUCUCUAAAUGUGGACAAAAAUAGCGAUUCUAUUUAUCACAGUAGUUCUACGGACGAACUGGAUGGCGUGUUAAAUAAUAUAAAAGAUGAUUAUAAAAAAAUGAAAUCUAUCAAAUGUGAAAAUAUACCAGAUUCUUUGGAGAGUAUAAUGAAUAUGCUUAAAAUUAUUUCAGACGCCAAGGAGGAAAUCUUAAAAAUCCAAUUCGGAGAUAUCAAUGAAAAAUUAACAAACUCGUUAGAGCAACUUAAGAGUGUUUACGACAAAUUAAAAGUUAGCACAGCAGAGUAUACAGCGGGAAAGGGGAAGAUUGAACAAUGCAAAACGGUUAUACUAAAAGGGGAAAAAGAAUUUUAUGACAAAGAAUAUGAUAAGGAUGAUGAUAUGUUAGAAGUGAAAAAUGCUUACGCAGAUUUUCUCAAACAUAAGGAUAAUUUCCUCAAGGACAGAAGUAAAGUGUUUGAAGAAUUCCAUAUAGCGAAAGAGGCGCUAAAAACGGCUAGGAUUUAUCUUCUAUCCUAUGUAGAAGUGCCGGAAAAAUAUAACAUUAUGAAUGGGGAAGCAAAUGAAAAGUAUAAAGAGUUAAUAAAAGAAAUUAAAAACAAAGUUAUCGAUACCAAAUUGAAAAAUUACGAAGCAGACUUCAACCAGAACAACAAAUUAUCCGAUAGCAUCAUAAAAGAAGUGGAACAAUCAAAUAAAAAUUUGUGUAACCUGAAAAUUUUAAACAGGUCUAUUAAAGAUUGCUCCAUGGAUAGCAAUAUAAUCGAAGAAUUAAUUAACAAAAAUAAUUCACUAAAGGAAGAAAUUAUUUCCCAAAGAAACGAAAUAGAAAAAGAUAAUUUCAUGGAACAUCAUGUGAAGAUAAAUUUAAAAAUAAAAUUUGACGACGCACGGAUCACUCUUGGAAGAAAUUUGUAUGAAAACAAUUUGACGACCUUAAAGACACGAAUGAAGAAUAUUCUCGAUUUUUACACAAGUUCGAAGAAAAAAUAUAAAGACUUAAAUGAAGCAGACCUGAAGAAAAUAAAAGAAAAUGAAGAGUGGAAAAACGCUAAGGAAUUGAUAGACACUCUUAAUGUCGAAUACGAAAUAUUGAAAAAGCAAGCGGAUGAUCUCAUCAGCAGCAAAAACAGUGAAAUUAUAAAAUGGAUAGGUAACAGAAUAGUGGACAAAAAUAAAGAAAUAAAUGAAAAAGUGGACGAACACGUAAAUUCGUUCGAUGAAAUUAUUGCAAAAUCUAAGUCGCCCAUUUUUGUCAGAGAUAUUAAUCACUACAAAAAUGAUGAGAAUAAAGAAAAGGCAAGACAAUUUAAUGAAGAAGUGAAAACUUUUGUUGUGAAGAUAGAAACACAAAAGGAAAUGUUGAACAAAAUUAAAACAAAUUCUAAUCAAUACUUGGCACAAGCAAAUCAAAAGAUAAGUGAAAAUAUAGAAUUCAAGGCCAAGGAAGAGGCCAUGAAAGAAGUUUACGAACAAAUUAUACGAGCAUCAGAAGAACUGAAUGACAAACUGAAGAAAAUACCUACACUGAAUGAUUUACAGAAGAUGGAAUUAAAAUUUGAAAAAAACGAAAUUCACGAUAUGUUUAAUCAGAUUACCACUGAGCUGAAAAAGUCUGAGAAUGAAAUGAACGAAAUCAAUUCAUAUAAACAUGAAAUAGAUGAAAUGAAGAAGGCAAAAUCGGAAGAAGAGACUCCGGAAUCCCCUUUAUUUGUAUAUACUGAAUUUUACGAAAAAGCGGAAAAGAGUCAUAGCACUAUCAAAGAACUUUUUAAUAAGGCUACCGGGUUAAAUGUGAAGUGUGAGAAUAUCGAAAGUGUUAACGAAAUAAAAGACAUUAAAAAGAAGAUUGAUGGUUAUUUGAGAAACAUUUUAACAAAUAAUAGCACCUUGCAUGAAGCGUUGGAGGAUAUUAAAAAUAUGAAGGAAAUGCUGCAGGAUGUGAAUAUUCACGAAAUUGUGCGCCUUGUGGAGAAGGAUGCAACAGAAGCUCAAAAAUAUUCCACGUUGGUGAAAAGUGAGCAGGACAAAUCAGAAGCCCUAAUUAAAGUAUUAGUUAAACAUUUCACAGAUGCAGAGAAGUUAAAAACGGAAAUGAAUAAAAAUUUGCCCAUCCAACGAAUCGAUGAAAUCGUGAAGGAAGUUAUGAAAUAUAAGGACGAAAUAGCACGCCGGGAAGAAGAAAUGAAUACGUAUUUGAAGAACACCAAAGAGUAUAGGGAUACUGCUUUUCGGCAUUGCCGCAACGUGUAUAGUAGAAAGAAAAAGCUAGAAUAUUUGAAGGAAAAGGAGAAAGCAGAUGAACCGCAGAUUGAUAUGGAUAAUGUAAGUAUGAAUGAAAACAAAUGUAAGACCCUAGAAAAAGACCCUGCGCUGAGUGAAGAAGAAAUAAAAAAGCACGGUAAUAGGUAUGUGGAAUAUGAAGGAAAAAUGAACAGUCUCUUAAAUGACAUUUCCGUUUUGCAAAUAAGGACCAUGUAUGCAAAGGGAAAAGACCAGGCCACCAAUAUUAUGAAAGAAAUCGAACAAUUGAAUAAAGGCAUCCAAGAAAAACUUAAAGAAUCUGAAGAAAAAUUAGAACAGUGUAAGAGUAAAUUCCAAAUGAAUGAAAAAGAAUAUAUAUUGAAUAAUGAAAAAUCGAAGACGGCAUACAUAAACGUGAAAUUAAAUUUAGAACUAGUCGAGUCUAAUUUAUGCCAGAUAAAAAAUGUAAAAGAAAGUGUGAAUAAUAUUCUAUCCAAAUCGACUAAUUUAAAGAGUUCUAUAUUAAGGACGUCUAGAAUUGAAAGUGAUAGCUCUGUUGAUGUGCUGAAAAAGGAAGAAAUGCAUUACAUGCAGUAUUUGAAAAAUAUUGAAAAUGAGAAAAAGCUCAUGACGGAUGAAAAGAGUAACAUGGAUGUGAUACACAAAAAUGUCCUUAAAAUAGAAAAUGAAUUGGAGAAAUGUAAAAAAAAUUACGAACAGGGUAUUUUGGAAAAAGCCAAAGAAACGGCUGAUAAAAAGAAAAAACUUAUAGAAUCAACUAGGGAGUCGUUAAAUUCGCUGAAGCCAUAUUUUACCGAGAUGUUUAAUGAAUCAUAUUUGAAAGGAUAUAACAUUACGGAAAAUUUUAUAGGUUAUCAAAAGACCAUGAAUGAGUUAUAUGACGAGUUUGACAAGUCGUACAAAGUAAUCGAAACGAAUGCUGCAAAGGUUGCAGAAGGAACGGUAAAGUAUGAUAAAGCUAAAAGUCUAAGGGAGGAAGCUCAAAGGGCACAAAUAAAUAUUAACAAUAAGGAAGAAACUGCAAAAACGAAUUUGAACAAAAUCAAGCAGAAUGAAUUUAUGAACUUUCUAUUUCAUACAAAGGAACAUGUGGAUAAAAUUGAGAAAGUUUGUGAACAAGAAAAUUCCAAAAUUGGCGAAGUACAUGAAAAUAUUAAAAAAAACAUUAUAAAAAUUCGAAAAUUAACAGAACAGAAGAGUACAUUCGAAAUCUUGAAAAUAGCAAAGGAGAAAAAUAACGAAAUAAAAAAAAACUUACAGAAGUGUAAUAAAAAUGAGGCACAUAAUGCCUUUGGGAAGAUGAUAAAAGCGUCUAAUUUUAUGGGGAUAAAAAUAUUAACAAGCUUAGGAUCCGAAUUGAGCCCCGAAAUGCACCUAGAAACCAAUUCACGAACUAAUUCAACGUUAAAUUUUGAAUCGGAGGUAGAAAUAAAACCGGAAGAUGAUGCCAAAUUUAAUGCUUACCAAAACCUACAAGUGACCUAUGGAUAUAUUCAAAAAAUAUUUAAAAAUUCAGAGGAAACAGACAGGAAACAAGAAGAAAUCGAAGGGUGGAUAAGGCAAGGAAACAAUAAAUGUCAAGACAUUAAAUCAUCCAAUGAAUUAAAAAGUAAAUUUAAGUACACAAAAUAUAAAGGAAGCAUUACCUUAUAUAAAAUUAAUGACGCUCUGAGGAAGUAUACUCAAUUGAAAGCUAUGACCUGCAGCAUCGUGAACGAUAACGAAAUUAUGGAGAGCUCAGAAUUUACAAAAUUGAAGGAGUUGAGUGAUGUCUACAAUAGGAAGAAGAAUGAACAAAUAUCCGAGUCGGAGAUCAACGGAGUAAAUGACGAAUUUCAAGGUAUCAUGAAAAAUGUAGAAAGUUUAGAAAAGCAAUAUGAAACAACACAAGAUACAGAAUCGCCCGGCGAAAUAAUUAUCGAGGAAAACUCCUUAGUUACAGAAAUUAAUAAAAAAAUAGAUAGCAUAAAUAGCAGAAUUACACCAAUUAUGACUAAGCUUAACGAGUUGCUAGUAGCAGGAAUGGCAUGUGAGAAAUCGUCUUAUGCUUCUCUAAUUGGUAAUAUAAAUGCCAAAACGUCGAGUGACUUAAGAUUAAUAAAUAACCAAAAGCAGGACGCGGAAAAAAACGUAGAAUAUAUUAAGAAAAAUUCGAACUUGAUCAAUGAUGAUAUUCGUGCAUUAAAUAAAUACUUUGACAACAACAGAAUAAAUAAUUACCAGUUAAUAAUUUUGGAAGAAGCAAUUAAACACGCUAAUGAUUUAAACGCAAAGGAAAAAGAAGCAGUGGGAAUAGUUAACGAUAUAAAAAAAGAAUUCGUAGACGUAAGUCUGGAGCUAGAAAUGAAUUCCUUAAAUAGCAGCAAAGAAAAAAUUAUGGGACAUUACAACAAACUGAAAGAUAAAAUAAAGAGCAUUAACGACUUUUGCAAAAAUAUCAAUUUGGUAAAAUUGAAAGAAAUGGAAAGUAGCUCAGAUAAAUAUUUAGAAAUAGCAGGGAAAUUUAAAAAUGUGCUAGAUACUCAAAUAACAAGAUUAUUGGAUAAUCAUAUGAUGCUACAAGAUAUAGAAAAAAAAAUAACAGAAAAUGAAGGGAAACUGAAAGGUAUCAGUAGGACAUACACACUACAGUCCAUCCAAAAGUUUAACAAUGUGUGUAAGAAUAUUGAUAUCAAUAUGCAAAAGCUGCAUGAAGUGGAGCAGUCGAAUAACAGUGAAGAAAAACAGGUAAAAGCCUGUAUAGAAAAUGUUUCACGUCUUAUAAACAGAGGAAACACUUUGUUGACCGAUUUAAAUGAUUACGAUGUAGUAAGCCAUAGUACGGCGAAAGAAUCAACUGAUGAUGCUACAAAAGAGUACAUUACAAAGAUUAAAGGAAAAGUAAAUCAUACCAUAGAAGCAUUUCAAAUGGUGUUAAAGAGCAUUCAGGAAAAUAAAUUACACACACAGAACAAUGCAAAUCUAAAUAAAGGCAUAUACGAAAUAUGGAAAAGAGCUAAUGUAAUUAAGGCAAACUUCUCGGAAAAUUUUCCAGAAACUGACAACUACUUUCAAAUGGGGGAUUAUCUAAAGGAUAUAAAAAAUAUUUUGAACGAAAUAGUUGGAGAUACCAACAUAGAGGCAUAUAUCGAAAACAUUUCUCAUAAUAUUGAGGAACAAAUGAACGAUACACAAAAUCAUCGUAACGUGAAAUCUAUUUUAAAAGUCAAAAAAAAUAUUGAAUUAUAUAAUGAAGAGGCAAACAAAAUAUUACAAUCUAUGAACACUGCUCAAGAUAAAAUUUUAUUAAAGAAAAAAGACAUGGAUAAUAUAUUUAGUAUUAUAUCCGUAAAUAUGAAGAACAGUGUUUAUAUAAAUACGAAAAAAUAUAUUAACGAGGUGGAUGAUUUGUUUAACAAGUUAAAAGUGGACAUACAUAAGAUGGAAAAUUUUAUAAAUGAUAUUAAACUGAGAAUAAAGCAAUUAGAGAAAGAGGAAGCUAAUCUCAAAACUAGGAAUGCAGUUACUGGUAAUUUGAAUGAGCAUUCUGAGAAUGCUUCUCGUGAUGGGGACGGUGAACCAAUAGGUGAGGUCGUGGAAGAUUCAGAAUAUUCGGAGGAUUCAAAUGAUAACCAAAACCAACGUAAACGAAAUGGAGUAAGUAUCAAUUCAAAAGGAGAUUCUUCUAAUCAAUCUUUUCAUAAAGUGCAUGGAUUAAAAGAAAAUAAUAAAUCUGGUGGCAACCAUUCUGAUGACAAUCGGAAAGAAGAAUCUCAUAAUGAAAGUAAUAAUUCGGGAGGAAAAAACUCAUGGGAGAGUUAUAGAUAUGCUGGAGGAAUUACGAUAGCAUUUUUUAUUUGUUCAUCUGCUGGAUUCGCAAUUUUUACGUAUAACAAUCAAGAAGCACAAGAAGCCGAUUUCGUAGCAGAUAUGGACCACUUUGAGUGCGAUACAUAUUUUAAUAAACGAGAAAAGGAGGAAAUUAUAGAAGUUUCUUUGAACGAAAAUGAGCAAUAUGAAUGA